UUUUUUUUUUUUUGAAGAAAUCUCUACUGGCAUCUAAUUCUUUUUUUUUUAAUCAGAAUUAGCUGAAUUUGAGUUUCACAUCUUGAGAAAUUUCUAGUGAGGAAUAAUUUCACUGUCAGCAUUUGCCUUCAUGCAUGGUUUGUAGGAAAAGGCCUUGCAGUUUAAUGGAUCUUUUAAGAAGGAUUUUAAUUUCAUGCCAUUUCUGACAGCAACAGAUGAAUCAUGUAGCUCCUCUUUUCCCGAUCUCCCUUGCUCAUUUCUUUUUCUCUUCCACUGUUUGCCUUGCCUUUCUUCACCUUUCAGUGGCAGGAAAUAAAUGAAGACUCCUGUAAAGGCAACGAAGAAACUUUGUAGGCUUUUUGUUUUUCUUUCAAAUUCCAGUGCCCUGGAGGGAUUCGUUUUCCUCUGACAUGCUACUUUGUAGUAGUAGUUUUUUGUGAUCUAGUAAUUAGCUAGUGAUUUAAAGAAAUAGUGUCAGGCGUGAGGCGAGCGGAGCCAGAGUCGAGACCAGAGGCCGAACUCGGGAUCUGACAAGAUGGCCGGGCUGCCCCGCAGGAUUAUCAAGGAAACCCAGCGUUUGCUGGCGGAACCAGUUCCUGGCAUUAAAGCGGAACCAGUUCCUGGCAUUAAAGCGGAACCAGAUGAGAGCAACGCCCAUUAUUUUCAUGUGGUCAUUGCUGGCCCCCAGGAUUCCCCCUUUGAGGGAGGGACUUUUAAACUUGAACUAUUCCUUCCGGAAGAAUACCCGAUGGCAGCCCCUAAAGUACGUUUCAUGACCAAAAUUUAUCAUCCUAAUGUAGACAAGUUGGGAAGAAUAUGUUUAGAUAUUUUGAAAGAUAAGUGGUCCCCAGCACUGCAGAUCCGCACACUUCUGCUAUCGAUCCAGGCAUUGUUAAGUGCUCCCAAUCCAGAUGAUCCAUUAGCAAAUGAUGUAGCGGAACAGUGGAAGACCAACGAAGCCCAAGCCAUAGAAACAGCUAGAGCAUGGACUAGGCUAUAUGCCAUGAAUAAUAUUUAAAAUCGAUCUGAUCAUCAAGUGUGCAUCGCUUCUGUUCUGCCAAGACUUCUUCCUUUUUUGUUUGCAUUUAAUGGACACAGUCUUAGAAACAUUACAGAAUAAAAGCCCAGACAUCUUCAGUCCUUUGGUGAUUAAAUGCACAUUAGCAAAUCUAUGUCUUGUCCUGAUUCACUGUUGUAAAGCAUGAGCAGAGGCUAGAAGUACCAUCUGGAUUGUUGUGAAACGUUUAAAAGCAGUGGCCCCUCUCUGCUUUUAUUCAUUUCCCCAAUGAUGGUUAAAGUAUAAAGCACUGUGAAUGAAGGUAGUUGUCAGGGUUAGCUGCAGGGGUGUGGGUGUUUUCUCUUUAUUAUUUUUUUUGAGGGGGUGAGAGGUAGUUUUAAUUUUAUGGGCUCCUUUCCCCCUUUUUAUGGUGAUCUAAUUGCAUUGGGUAAAAGCAGCUAACCAGUUCUUUAGAAUAUGCUCUCUAGCCAAGUCUAACUUUAUUUAGACGCUGUAGAUGGACAAGCUUGAUUGUUUGAACCAAAAUGGGAACACUAAACAGACAUCACAGCCCUCACUAAUAACAUUGUGACUUUGCUGUCAAGUGUAGAAUCCUUCCUUCAA